AUGUCAAGCUCAAGAAGAAAGCUAGUUUUGAACACUGUGUCCGUGAACCUAGGCUGCGGAAGCUGCAGAAGACCAAAGCUUCGUUACAUAUUCCACCCAAAGCCAAAACCCAAGAACCCCAUCUUCCAAAAACACAAGCUUUACAAUAAUUCUUCUUCAACACCGUGUGGUGAGGACAGAGAUGACACUGCCACCACAAGCACCACCAACACCACGUUCUCUCCAUUCUACGUCGAGUCAUCACAGUUUUGUGUCAGAGGAUUCGGAAGAGUUGGAAGCGAAGGCGUGGCCAUAGAGAAAGAUUCUGAAGACCCUUAUAUUGAUUUCAAGCAUUCCAUGCUCCAAAUGAUAUUGGAAAAUGAGAUAUACUCAAAGGAUGAUCUUAGGGAGCUUCUGAACUGUUUUCUUCAGCUGAAUUCACCGCACCACCAUGGCGUUAUUGUCAGAGCUUUCACUGAGAUCUGGAAUGGGGUCUUCUCUGUUAGGUCCAAUUCCCCCAGGUUUCCCUUGACCCGUAAGUCACGUGACUUCUAG